GAAACUUUUUUUGUAAUAAUUUCGUAUAAUAUAUACACAUUCCCAUACCCUUCCGUUCCUCGAUUUCUACCACGGACCAAAUAAAAAUCGUUCACACCAAGGAAAGCUUUUGGUGGCUUCAGUCACCAGUCCCACUCUCGUCGCCGCUGCGGUGGUCUCCUGCUUGACCUCCUAAUGCGCAAGACUCCAUUUCCAAUCUAUAUCCACCGGUCGAUCUCCGGCGAAGACAUCGAUUUCUCGACGGAAGUGUCGAGCUUGCUUAUCACCGACAAAGAAAACCCCUCUCAAGUGUGGUUUCAGUUCCCAAGGCUCCCCUGCGGCUCUGUAUCUCUCGUGAUCGCUGCCUCCCGCGAAGGAGAUGAGGAGUUUAGCUCCGGUUGUCAGAUGUCUCCUUUUGGUGACCACCUUACAUGGCAUCUGGACAGUUAGGGCAUUUACUGGAACUUAUGGUGUAAAUUAUGGUAGGAUAGCUGAUAAUAUUCCUGCACCUGAAAAAGUAGUUUCGCUUCUUAAAGCAGUAAAGAUCAAGAAUGUUAAGAUUUAUGAUUCUGAUCAUGAUGUGCUAACAGCAUUUAAGGGUUCUGGGCUUGAGUUAGUUGUCGGGCUCAGUAAUGACCAUGUAAAAGAAGUAAAUGCAAGUGAAGACCGGGCCAUGGAAUGGGUCAAGGAAAAUGUGCAGUCAUGGUUACCUGAUACACAUAUCAGAGGAAUUGCAGUCGGUAAUGAAGUGCUUGGAGGAGGAGAUCAGGAUCUGGAAGCAGCAUUGUUUGGUGCAAUAAAGAAUGUGUAUAAGGCUCUAUCUCGGCUUCAGCUCGCUGAUCUUAUUCAAAUCUCCUCACCACACUCACAGGCUGUUUUUGCUAACUCAUAUCCUCCAUCAAAUUGCACAUUUAAUGAUAGUAUAUUCCAGUAUAUGAAGCCUAUCCUGGAUUUCUUUUCAAAGAUCGGCUCUCCUUUCUCUCUCAAUAUAUAUCCAUUCAUAGCAUACAAAAGUGAUCCUCAGCAUAUUGACCUUAACUAUGCUUUGUUCCAGCCGAACCACGGAAUACUCGACCCUAUAACUAAUCUGCACUAUGACAACAUGUUUGAUGCUGAGAUAGAUGCAGCUUAUGCUGCUUUGGAUGCCGCUGGCUAUGGUAAGAUGGUAGUUGAGGUUACUGAGACAGGUUGGGCUUCUAGUGGCGACGAAGAUGAAACAGGAGCUUCAACACAGAAUGCUCGAACAUACAAUUAUAAUCUACGCAAAAGGCUCUUUAAGAGAAAAGGAACACCACGUAGACCGAAAAUUGUCAUCAAAGCAUAUAUGUUUGCCUUGUUUAAUGAGGAUUCAAAGCCAGGACCAAGUUCUGAGAAGCAUUAUGGACUAUUCAAGGCUGAUGGGAGUAUUUCAUAUGAUAUUGGACUUUCUGGUCUUUCAACUUGGCAUGCAUCGUCCUCAUCCCACUCUCUAAAGGAUUUCUCUACUCGAUGUUGGUUAUGGCCCUCUUCGUUGGUUCUAGCCACUUGUAUAUGGAUCGUGCUUCUCGUUCAGUAAAGUUUCAUUUGAGAUGACUUUCUUACUGCUUCUUAAAACAACUUUUUAGUUCGAAAGCUUCUUUAAGAAGCAGUAAGAAAGCCGUACCAAACAAAGCCUAAAACUAAAGUCCUACGUUUCUGUAAUAUUUUUCUCUGCUACAGAUGCAGCAAAAAAUCACUAGGAGCAAGAACGGUGAUUCUGUGCGUCCAGUGUUCUUGUUGGCGCAAUUGUUUACAUUAUUUAUGACUUUGUAGUUGUAUUUACUUAAGUAUAUUGAUUGUCUUAUUAGUUAGCACCUUAAUAAUUUCUAAAUUUGAUGUUAUCCUUUUGUUGUUGC